AAUGUCGCAUCCUCAAAAAUACCUGGCAACUCGUACGGAAUAUUAGAAUAUGAACAUUAAAACGACGAUAUUAGGAAAAAGUAUUUAUUAAACAAAUAUCUUUCAAAGAUAUUUUCGGUGUAUAAAGUAAGGUCGUGAGCUAGCUAACGAGCUGGCUACAGAAGAACUGACAGUAGUUCGGAGAAAUCGCGAAGAAGUAUGGGUGAACCAGGUCAUAUAGAGGUAACUGUCAAGACUCUGGACUCUCAGAGCAGAAGUUACACAGUUAGACGUGAUUUGACAGUGAAAGAGUUUAAGGAACACAUUUCUACUUCUGUGGGGAUUCCUGUGGAUAAACAGAGGCUGAUAUAUCAGGGCAGAGUACUGCAGGACGAGAAGACACUGACAGAGUACAAUGUGGAUGGGAAGGUCAUCCAUCUGGUGGAACGGGCCCCUCCUCAGACCACCCACCCAGGGGCAGGAACAGGGGGUGUGUCCGGGGCAGAGGGAGGGCCCACCACCUCCCACUCGUCCGCCACUUCGCAGGGCGCCUCUCACGUGCCCACACACGACCGCAAUGCCAACAGCUACGUCAUGCUUGGGACGUUCAACCUCCCUGUGAACAUAAUGGACCCUCAGCAGAUCCAGAUGUCAGUGCAGCAGAUGAUGUCAGGUUUGGGGGAGAGUGGGAGGAGUGCCAGAGUCAGUACCAGCACUGGAAGUAAUGGAUCUGUGGAUGUGCACAUUGACGUGGACCAAUCGGUGCAGAGCGAGCCCAGGCUUAGACUGCUAUUGGCUGAGAACUUGCUGAGGGACACAAACGUGCUCAUCCACAGAUUAGAGGGUCAUCCCAGCAGCACUUCAUCUCAGCAGGAUUCUGCUGCCCCUCCUUCCUCUUCCUCACCCACCCCCUCACCCUCAGCUCCGCCCAUGGACACCUCUCCCCCGCCUCCCACACCUCCUCCCCCUCCGUCUUCCUCCUCUUCCACUCAGACUGAGGGCCCCCCCCACUCAGGACCCAAUCACCCCAGCCCAGCUGAGUUUGUGGAGGUGCUGUCAGAGCUGAGAAGGGUGGAGGAGAGACUGCAGCCCUUCAUCCAGAGAAUGCACUCCAUUCUGGGCACUGCCACCAGUGCAGACUACAACAACAAUACACAGGAGAGAGAGGAGGACCAGCAAACUUUGAACCUUGUUGGGGAAGCCCUCCGUCUCCUGGGCAAUGCCCUGGUUGCCCUGAGUGAUCUUCGGUGCAACCUGUUGGCUCCCCCUCCCCGUCACCUGCACGUGAUCCGGCCCAUGUCCCACUAUACCUCCCCCGUCUUGCUGCCAGGUGGAAUGCACCACAUUCCUAUACCGAUAAAUUUAGGAACCACUGUGACCAUGACCGCCAACGGCAGGCAGGCAACUGAGGACCAGCCUCAACCCACUCAGUCUGCCAACCAAUCAGAGCAACAAGGGCAGAGGCAAGCCCCACCUCCACAGCCUGCCUCAGCAAAUCAGCAGCCAGGACAAGGACACACAGGGCCACGCAUGAUCAGGAUCAGCCACCAGACUAUGGAGCCCGUGGUGAUGAUGCAGAUGAACCUGGAUGAGUCUGGCAGUGGAUCUCAGAUGUCAGGACAACAGGGUAGUGCUGGGGCCGGACAGACCGGCACCACUCCUCCUGUUCAUAUUCCAGGCCUGCCCCCGGAGUUCAUGCAAGCCAUCGUGCACCAGAUCACCCAGCAGGCCGUUGCCAUGGCAGCCGCAGCUUCCGCCGGGCAACAGGGGCAACAGACCGCUCCUGCCUCCGGUGCAAACUCUAGUGGCACUGCCCCCUCGGCACCUCCUCACCCUCCCCAGGCCAGGGUGGUCAUCACCCGGCCUGCCUUUGCACCCCGGGUCCCCCAGUCCAAUCUGGGUGCCAGGGGGGCAACAAUCAAUUUGAGGGCAUCUGUGCCCCCUUCUGCAGGACAGCAGCCAGGACAGGCUAACUCCCUCCCUCCUUCCUCUCUCACUCAGAUGAUCAACGCACUUGUGGGGCAGCUCUUGAUGCCAGUCCACAUGGCAGAGCAUACCUCCGCUGCUCCGUCAUCCCAUUCCUUUACCUUCUCCUCAUCCUCUUCGUCCUCCUCCUCGGCAUCCACCUCCACCUCCACCUCUCAGCCGACCUCGUCCGCCAACACCUCUGGCCAGACGUCAACUAACACCACCAGCACGGCCUCCACCGGCCAUCCCACUGGCACCCCCUCCCAACCUCAGGAGGGGACCCCCGAGGCGGGCCUGGCCCAGCUCCUGGGCUCACUGCUGGCUGGGGGAGCAGGAGCCGGAGCGGGCGGGCCUGGCGUGCCCCCCUCCAUCACGGUCACCAUGCCCGGUGUCCCUGCCUUCAUUCAGGGAGUGACAGACUUCAUCCAGGCCACCCAGCCAGUCUAUGCCCCACCCCCUACCGGACAGCAACCUCCCCCUGCCUCGACUACACCUGCCCCCCCUCCGACAGCCACGCCCACCCCUGCCUCUACACCAGCCCCUGGUGCGGGGAGCCCAGGAGAGACCCUGAGCCCAGAGCUCUUCACUGGCAUUGUUCAGGGGGUGCUGUCCACUAUGAUGGGCUCUCUGGGAGCCCCCCAGGGUAACACUGAGAGUAUCGCCCAGUUCAUCCAGAGGCUGUCUCAGACCAGCAAUAUUUUCACACCCGGCACUGGGGAUGCCAUAGGGUUCUUUGGAGACCUGCUGGCCCUGGUGUGCCAGAGUUUCUCUAUGCUGGACAUGGUGCUGCUGCUUCAUGGGCAACACCAGCCUCUUAGCCGCAUCCAACCUCAGCUGACCGAGUUUUUCACAGAACACUAUCUACAUGGGAGAGAGCCCACUGAUGCUAACAUCGCUGCUGGGGCAGAUGAACUUAUCAAUGGAUUGGAAGAAUACAUUACGGAGAGCUUUUCUACUGUGACAGUCCUGGAAGGGGUAGACAUCACCCAGACAAACAUGUCCUUCCUCAGACAGCAGUUCACUCGCAUCGCUACACACAUACUGCGCUGUACAGACCAUACGUUUGGUCCUCGCCUGCUGCUGAUGUGUAACCAGGGACUGUUUGAAUGUCUGGCCCUCAACCUCUACUGUCUGCGGGGGGAACAGACCGCUCUCACAGCGGUUAUCAACCAUCGGAUUAGGAGGAUGUCGGCAGAGGUGAACCCCAGUCUGGUCAACUGGCUGACCAGCAUGAUGUCAAUGAGGCUGCAGGUCAUCCUGGAGCACAUCCCGGUGACAGAAGACCAUAUCCUGCAUUAUGUGGUACACACACAGAGAGAGCCAACAGAGAGGGAGGAGUCAGAGGCACAGCGCACGCAGGAAACUGAGGUCCAGAAUGUGGAGAUGGAUGGAACACCCUCUCCUGCCCCCGCCACCACGGCUGAGGAGGCUAUGGUGUCGUCGCGGGAGGCCGGGGCUGCGGGGCUCUCUCCCGGAGACGCCGGAGCGGUCGGGGGGGUGUCUUCACGGGAAGCCAGAGGAGGCGGGGCCAUGGCCGCGGCCAGUGGGAGGGAGGAGUCAGGGGCCGAGGUGGAGCCCUGGGCAGCAGCCGUUCCUCCUGAGUGGGUGCCCAUUAUCAGAAACGACCUGAUCUCCCAGAGGAAGAUCAAGUCCCAGCCGCCUCUGUCUGAUGCUUACCUGCAUGGGAUGCCGGCCAAACGCCGAAAGACAGCACAAGGCGAGGGGCCCCACCUCUCUCUGUCGGAGGCAGUCAGUCGGGCUGCCAGGUCUGCCGGAGUCAGGCCUGCUACCACCCCAGAAAGCCUACAGGAGGAGCUUGAGGCGCCUGAGUUGCAGGAGGCGUAUACAGAACAGGUGAAGAGUGACAUCAAGAAGCGAGUGAGGGAGGACCCAGACUUUGACACCGAGCGUUUCCCUAACAUACAGAGGGCUUUUUCCUUGGACUCUUAACCUCACUGUCCCAUCAGUGUCCAAGAUCUGUCCUUUUUGCUUCUGACCCUGUAACAUCCAGAUCCUGUUUUACCACUCUGCCUGCUUUCCAUACUGACCUUACAGGUUUCACAGAAGCAGAAGUGCCGCUAUCAACAUCAGAAAGCCGGCCCUCCUCUCUCACGGAACUGUCACAUUGAAACGAACUAUCCGAUUAGCUUGUCACGUAUCAAACCCAGCUCUGUUGUGGGCUGCAAAUCGGCAUGACCAAUCGCGUGUCACCUCAACAAAUGCUGCUGUUCAUAACUUAGACCUGCACUUUCACCUUAAAGAGUACCUGUACGAUAGCAGCUCAAAGAUCAGUCCAGGCUUUCACCCCACCCCAGUUCUUACCACUCAUCGAACAUUUUUCCUAUAUUCAAAAGUGAUUCACCUCCAUACAGAUUCUCAGUCCAGAUUUGCACUGUUCUGGAGAGCUGCAAGCAUAACCUCUAGCCCCUUCAUCCCGUAGGCAUUUGGCUAAAUUUCCUUCUGUCUCUCCAUGUUUUUCCCAUAACCCCCUGUGGGGACACCUCCUCUAAGAUGUUGUUUCUGGCAUCCCCUGUCCUGUAGCCUUUUGUUUCUGUAACAUGCUUUAUAAUUUUGUGAUUUUUUUGUGGACAUUAAAAUGCAGACUAGAAGGGAGUGAAAUAAUAGUGAAAAUAACACUAGCUGCAGCAGAGAUCUGGUAUUUUUUGGUGUGUCCUUUUGGAUAAAUCCUGCUCACUGCAUCUCAACCUGGCAAUUGCCAGGUCAUUUAAUUAUUUCAGAGGACAUGGGUAUAAUUUAACAAUUGUUGCUCGCUGAAUUCAAGUUCACUUUUAAGGUUUAAGAAUUGAAGUGAUUAAGUUAUUGUUAUUUGUUAAAAAAAGGCCUACAUUUUAUUUUAUUAGCUGUUUUUCACUCUCUCUUC